AUGGAGCUGCCUACCUACCUACCUUGCUACCUUACCUCAUGGAACCCCAUUUGCCCGUGGUGCCACUGCGGGCUGGCCCCUUCUAUGGUAGGCAGGAACGAACGCCAUCUGCCCCUCUGCUCUUGA